GCAGCAGCAACAGCAGCAGGAGCAGCAAUAGCAAUAACAGCCACCGCUGCAGCCCGGAGGAAGCGAGCGCGAGCUUGAGCUAGAGCCAGAGCCAGAGCCAGAGCCAGAGCCCGAGCCCGAGCCCGAGCCCGAGCCCGAGCCCGAGCUAGAGUCAGGCGGUGGCUGCAGCGAGCGGGAGUCGGGAGCCGACGCCAGGACAGUGCCGAGCCCGGCGGCGCCUUGGGCUGGGGGGGAGGGUUAGGGAGGGGGGCGGCUAGCCUUGGAAGUCACCUGAGGUUGCAACCUUCCCUCCCGGUUUGCCACCGAGGAGACCUACGGACAGAGGGAGGCCGACAUGGCGGGGCUCCACUGAAGGAAGCCGUCAGGGAGGAGAGGAGGGGGGAGAGAAGAAGAAGAAAAAAAAUCCCUGCAUUUCCUCCUCCUCCUCCUCCUCCUGCUCCUCCUGCUCCCACACACCAUCCCUUCUGCUGUGACUCCUCGUCCUCCCCCGGCGUCCUCCUCCUCCUCUAUGCAUUGCUAAAACGGCGCAAGGACUGCAUCAGGAGGAAAAAAAAUCUCUUGCAAACAAAGAGAGAAAGAGGGAGCGAGCGAGGGUGGGGGGUGGAAAUCUCCUAGGCGAGUAUGGCGGACCGCAGCUUGGAAAGCAUGUCUUUGCCCCUGGAGGUGAGAGCCCGUUUGGCCGAGCUGGAGCUGGAACUAUCGGAAGGUGACAUCACACAGAAAGGCUAUGAAAAGAAGAGAUCAAAAUUAAUUGGAGCCUAUCUGCCACAACCUCCAGGGGUGGAUCAGGCCCUGCCACAAGAACGCCGGACUCCCGUCACCCCCUCCUCCUCCUCAAGGUACCACCGCCGCCGGUCCUCGGGGUCCCGGGAUGAACGUUAUCGAUCAGAUGUUCAUACAGAAGCUGUCCAAGCGGCCCUUGCUAAACACAAAGAAAGAAAAAUGGCAGUGCCGAUGCCCUCUAAACGCCGGUCCCUGGUUGUACAGACCUCAAUGGAUGCCUACACACCUCCAGACACCUCUUCUGGUUCAGAGGAUGAAGGCUCUGUACAAGGUGACUCCCAGGGUACCCCCACCUCCAGCCAGGGCAGCAUCAACAUGGAACACUGGAUCAGCCAAGCCAUCCAUGGCUCAACGACCUCCACCACGAGUUCUUCUUCCACACAAAGUGGAGGCAGUGGGGCUGCCCACAGGCUGGCCGACGUCAUGGCUCAGACGCACAUAGAAAAUCAUUCCGCACCUCCUGAUGUUACCACUUACACCUCAGAGCACUCAAUACAAGUUGAAAGACCUCAAGGAUCAACAUCAUCACGGACAGCACCAAAGUAUGGAAAUGCUGAACUCAUGGAGACUGGGGAUGGAGUACCUGUGAGCAGCCGAGUGUCGGCAAAGAUUCAACAGCUGGUCAAUACCCUCAAACGGCCCAAACGACCUCCGUUACGAGAAUUCUUUGUAGAUGAUUUUGAGGAAUUGUUAGAAGUUCAACAACCAGAUCCAAACCAACCAAAGCCAGAAGGAGCACAGAUGUUGGCAAUGCGUGGAGAACAGUUGGGCGUGGUAACAAAUUGGCCGCCAUCAUUAGAAGCAGCAUUACAACGAUGGGGGACCAUUUCACCAAAGGCCCCUUGCCUAACCACUAUGGACACAAAUGGAAAACCACUGUACAUUCUUACUUAUGGUAAACUGUGGACAAGGAGUAUGAAGGUUGCUUACAACAUUCUACAUAAAUUAGGUACAAAACAAGAACCCAUGGUGCGACCUGGAGACAGAGUAGCACUGGUAUUCCCUAACAAUGACCCUGCUGCUUUCAUGGUUGCCUUUUACGGCUGCUUACUGGCUGAAGUUGUUCCUGUCCCUAUUGAAGUGCCACUUACCAGAAAGGAUGCAGGAAGCCAACAGAUAGGGUUUUUACUUGGAAGCUGUGGAGUUACUGUGGCCUUGACUAGUGAUGCUUGCCAUAAAGGACUGCCAAAAAGCCCAACGGGGGAAAUACCACAAUUUAAAGGUUGGCCAAAGCUCUUAUGGUUUGUCACGGAGUCUAAGCACCUUUCCAAACCUCCUCGGGAUUGGUUUCCACACAUCAAGGAUGCAAAUAAUGACACUGCUUAUAUUGAAUAUAAAACAUGUAAAGAUGGAAGCGUUCUUGGGGUGACCGUGACAAGAAUUGCACUGCUAACACACUGUCAAGCCCUCACCCAGGCAUGUGGCUACACUGAAGCUGAAACAAUUGUGAAUGUAUUAGAUUUCAAGAAGGAUGUUGGCCUCUGGCAUGGGAUUCUAACGAGUGUCAUGAACAUGAUGCAUGUGAUCAGUAUCCCAUAUUCCUUAAUGAAGGUGAACCCCCUUUCCUGGAUACAGAAGGUCUGCCAAUAUAAAGCUAAGGUGGCUUGCGUCAAAUCCAGGGACAUGCACUGGGCAUUAGUAGCACAUCGAGAUCAAAGAGACAUCAACCUCUCCUCUCUCCGUAUGCUGAUCGUUGCUGAUGGAGCAAACCCCUGGUCUAUUUCUUCUUGUGAUGCAUUUCUCAAUGUCUUCCAAAGUAAAGGCUUGCGACAGGAGGUCAUUUGUCCUUGUGCUAGCUCACCAGAGGCUCUCACUGUGGCCAUCCGAAGGCCAACAGAUGACAGCAACCAGCCCCCAGGCAGGGGAGUUCUCUCUAUGCAUGGGCUCACCUAUGGUGUGAUCAGAGUGGAUUCUGAAGAAAAGCUCUCUGUUCUGACAGUGCAGGAUGUAGGCUUGGUCAUGCCUGGAGCCAUCAUGUGUGCAGUGAAGCCAGAUGGAAUUCCUCAGCUGUGCAGAACAGAUGAGAUUGGAGAGCUCUGUGUGUGUGCAAUUGCUACGGGUACAUCGUAUUAUGGCCUCUCAGGCAUGACCAAGAACACUUUUGAGGUGUUUCCGAUGACAAGCUCAGGGGCUCCAAUCAGUGAAUACCCAUUUAUAAGGACAGGAUUACUGGGAUUUAUUGGUCCUGGUGGACUUGUCUUUGUGGUGGGCAAAAUGGAUGGCCUGAUGGUUGUCAGUGGGCGAAGACACAAUGCUGAUGACAUUGUAGCAACAGCGCUGGCAGUAGAACCAAUGAAAUUUGUCUACAGGGGAAGAAUAGCUGUGUUUUCAGUGACUGUCCUUCAUGAUGAAAGGAUCGUUAUUGUCGCAGAGCAGAGGCCAGAUUCCACAGAGGAAGACAGCUUCCAGUGGAUGAGCAGAGUUCUGCAGGCUAUCGAUAGUAUCCAUCAAGUUGGGGUUUACUGCUUAGCGCUGGUUCCAGCAAACACCCUUCCCAAAACACCCCUGGGAGGAAUCCACUUAUCGGAGACCAAGCAACUUUUUCUGGAAGGCUCCCUCCAUCCCUGCAAUGUGUUGAUGUGUCCACAUACUUGUGUUACCAACCUGCCAAAGCCUAGACAGAAACAACCAGAAUGGUGUCUUGGAAAUCCCUUUGUGAAGGUUACUGUCAUCUGGAGGAUUGUGUCCUGGGUGCUUUAUUUUAGAAAGGACAUGGAUAAACUGGAGGGCAUCCAGAAGAAGACAGCUGGGAUGGUGGAAGGUCUCCAGUUGUUCCUGUUUCUCUCAGAGGUUUUGCAGUGGAGAGCUCAGACCACUCCCGACCAUGUCCUCUACACACUGCUUAACUGUAGGGGCACGAUAGCCAACUCUUUGACAUGUGUCCAGCUGCAUAAACGAGCUGAGAAGAUUGCGGUUAUGUUGAUGGAAAGAGGGCACUUGCAAGAUGGAGAUCACGUGGCCUUGGUUUACCCCCCAGGAAUAGACCUAAUCGCAGCUUUUUAUGGCUGCCUAUAUGCAGGCUGUGUGCCAAUAACGGUCCGACCUCCCCAUCCCCAGAACAUUGCCACGACAUUACCGACUGUCAAGAUGAUUGUGGAGGUGAGUCGCUCUGCGUGUUUAAUGACGACACAACUAAUAUGCAAAUUGUUAAGAUCCAGAGAGGCAGCAGCAGCAGUGGACGUGAGAACGUGGCCCCCCAUACUGGAUACAGAUGACUUGCCAAAGAAGCGGCCUGCCCAAAUCUACAAACCUUCUAACCCAGAUACACUGGCAUAUCUUGACUUCAGUGUAUCCACAACUGGAAUGCUAGCUGGAGUAAAGAUGUCCCAUGCGGCCACUAGUGCCUUUUGCCGUUCUAUUAAGCUGCAGUGUGAACUUUACCCAUCUAGAGAAGUUGCUAUCUGUUUGGAUCCUUACUGUGGGCUUGGGUUUGUCCUCUGGUGCCUCUGCAGUGUUUAUUCAGGACACCAGUCUAUUCUGAUUCCUCCCUCAGAGCUGGAGACCAAUCCUGCCCUGUGGCUUCUUGCUGUGAGUCAGUAUAAAGUCCGAGACACUUUCUGUUCCUACUCAGUCAUGGAGCUUUGCACCAAGGGACUAGGCUCACAGACAGAAUCAUUGAAGGCAAGAGGACUGGACUUGUCCCGGGUACGGACCUGUGUGGUGGUGGCAGAAGAACGCCCUCGAAUAGCCCUCACACAAUCAUUUUCAAAAUUAUUUAAAGAUCUGGGUCUCCAUCCAAGAGCUGUUAGCACAUCAUUUGGCUGUAGAGUGAACCUGGCGAUCUGUUUACAGGGAACAUCUGGACCUGAUCCAACAACUGUAUAUGUUGAUAUGAGGGCACUAAGACAUGACAGAGUCCGUCUAGUAGAAAGAGGAUCUCCUCACAGUUUGCCCCUCAUGGAAUCAGGAAAAAUCCUCCCUGGAGUCCGUAUCAUAAUUGCAAAUCCAGAAACCAAAGGACCUUUGGGAGACUCUCAUCUUGGGGAGAUCUGGGUUCACAGCGCUCACAACGCCAGUGGCUAUUUUACUAUUUAUGGAGAUGAAUCUCUUCAGUCAGAUCACUUUAAUUCAAGAUUAAGUUUUGGAGACACACAGACUAUUUGGGCUCGAACAGGCUAUUUGGGAUUCCUGAGGAGAACUGAGCUUACAGAUGCCAACGGAGAGCGCCACGAUGCCCUUUACGUUGUGGGUGCAUUAGAUGAAGCUAUGGAAUUGCGAGGAAUGAGGUAUCAUCCAAUCGAUAUUGAGACAUCUGUGAUCAGAGCCCAUAAGAGUGUCACAGAAUGUGCCGUGUUUACUUGGACAAAUUUAUUGGUCGUCGUGGUUGAGCUGGAUGGAUCAGAGCAAGAAGCCUUGGACCUUGUUCCUUUAGUCACGAAUGUGGUUCUAGAAGAACAUUACCUGAUUGUAGGCGUGGUGGUGGUGGUGGACAUUGGUGUCAUUCCUAUCAACUCCCGUGGAGAGAAGCAGCGUAUGCACCUACGAGAUGGAUUUUUGGCAGACCAGCUAGAUCCAAUUUAUGUGGCCUACAACAUGUAGUUUUGUCCCUUUGGCUUCCAUG